UGCUGCUACUUGCCAGGCUGGGGAAGGCGAACACAUCCUCCCAUCAUCCCCUGACUGACCAACUGGUUGACUGACUGGGUACCCAGCUUCCUCCUCGCCCAUGCCAGGACACAUGCCCAUCCUUUGCAGCCACCCCCCUGGACCCCCAGAGGCCUCGUCCAGUUGUGAGCAAGAUGGACGGUAGCUGCCCUCAGAGCCUGGAGAUUGGCGAGGCCGAUGCCAACUGGGAAUUGAUUCGAGACAAGGUCAUUGAGGAGCGCUUUGGGCCUACAGUGGUUCCCGUACCCUUCCUGGAAGAUGCCGCUUCCUAUGACCUGCUGACGGUGCUGAUCAAGAAGCCACAGCUGGGGCAGGCCCUCCUGCGUCGCCAGCGGUGCCUGGUGCCCGUCGGGCCCCUGGAGAACCUGCUGCAGGCGGGCACAGGCCCCCGGGAGCUGACCCACUGCACUCGUGAGUAUAAUGCCCGGGUGCGGGGUGAGUCCCGCUACGAGGAAACACGGCUGGUGGAAGGAGCCCUGCGGCACAUCCGUCUGACCAUGGCUGGUGUCCACAAGAAGGUGGCCUUCCUGGUGCUGCGGCCAGGGCUGGUGGCCCUGCGGCCAGACCUGCCGUGGCUGCGCUCGCAGAGCAGCAUCUACGUGGUCUACGAGGUCUUCUACUGCAGCAGCCUCAGCCUGGCCAUUACCCAAGGGGAGACCCACCGCAUCUUCACCCACGAGCAUCCUCUCCCGGUGGCCUUCUCCUGCCUCAAGUUUGCCCUCAGUGGGAAGGGCGUGCUGGGCUCCCAGAAGCCCAUGGGCCACAGCCUUCCUGCCAAAGCCGCCUGGGUGAGGAUGGCGGUGCUAGAGCCCCCCACUGCCACCCCCAUAAUGCCCGCAAUGCCCACGAAGGAUCCGCUCCUGGCCAGAGAGAAGGGGACCGUGGCCGGACGCAAGCGAUGGAGAACCCUGGGCAGGCCCCCACGGACUCUGGCAGGGAAAUGGCUCUUCCCGCAGCCCCGACCCACGCUGGGCACCUCGACCGGCAGCCUGACUGACCCAGAGAAACACUCCAUGUCGCUGCCCCUCUUGCAGAGCAUGACGGCGGAGAGCGACACAGAAGAGUGAUCUGGAGGGGGGCAGAGCAGAAUCUCUCUCAUUGCAGCAAUAAAGCUGUAUG